AUGCGUUAUGCUCUCGAUGUUCUUGACAAAUACGGGGACAAUACCUGGCUCGGAUACGUUGGGCGCCAAAGUGCGAACGGCUCUAUUGAUGGCGAAUGGCCAGUUGCUUAUCAUGGAACAACGGAUCCGCGUGCUGCUGAAAUUGUUCGUAGUGGUGGACUUGAUUUGGGGAAAGGAAAUCGCUUUACUUUUGGUUAUGGCAUUUACUGCACUCCUGAUCCAAAGACUGCGCUCUAUUAUGCAUCUCCUUACGAACACAAUGGAAAAAACUACAAGUUGAUUGUACAGGCUCGUGUCGAUCCAUUUCAUCGUGAAAUUGUGCCCAAGUCUCAACACGGUCUUGCUGGCCUUGAUGAUUACUGGAUUAUCAAGAAAAAUGAUGCCAUUCGUCCAUAUGGAAUCUGUGUCUUUCCGUGU